AUGAGUUCUUUUUUUGAUGUUCCAGAGCGAAAUGUACUGAAGGAGGCCAACCAAAACAGUUCCCGUUGUUUCGCUUCUUCACCCAAUGUACUGGGUAUCCUUCGCCCAGAGCAAUCUAUGGGUGAAGCUCCGCUCUUUCUCUUAGUACUAUUUCUUGCUUUUUUAUUUCUGUCAGGUCCAAGCAGGGCGAUAUGGGAUCAUUUGAUGGUCAAGUUGAGACGACGCCGAGGAGAACUUAGAGGGGAAGUAGUGCGUACUAUUACGGGUGAAUUUCACCGUGGAGACUCUCAAUACCGCUGGAGCGAAGAUAGAGGAAGUAGUCAUAGUGGAGUCCUUUUUAAUGCCGUUUUACUGCGUAUUGCUAGUGAUGGGGAGAAUUUUAUGAAAGGAAAUAUAUGGAAAGCCGAAAAAUGGCUUGACAAACCUUCAGUAUUGUUUCUUUUUGAUCCACUCAAAAGUGAUUCACACUUGGUUCUGGGUUCAUCUUCAUUCGAACCUGUUGGAUAUUAUCAUGCAAAUGUCGAAUAUCGUGCUUUUCAGGAACGAAGUCAGCUAUAUAGAUAUACAGUUCUGAGGCUUCCAACAGCAGGUUCGUGGAUAUCACUUUCUGACAACAUUGAAGUAACUUAUCAACGGCGAAGAGUGAAUGGGGAAAAAGUAGAGAAGGUUGAUCACACACUAUAUUUAAAGGCCCAGGGUCAAAAAAGUGCUGAGAGAUUGGAGAGUUUUGUGCAACAGUCUAUUCAAGAAUAUGUUACGAGGUUACCAGUUGCUGUGGGAGCCCAGAAAUAUUACUUUCACAUGCAGAACGAUGGAAAGAUGUUACGCUUUAAAAAACAACCUCUUGGGAUUUUUAACUCGUUUGAUACAAUGUUCUUCAAACAGAAAAAAAAUGUAAUAGAUUUACUUGACCGUUUUUUAGAAAAACGAGGACGAUUUGCUGUUGAAGGAUUUCCUCAUAAAAUUGGUUUUUUUGUGUACGGUUCACAGGGGACGGGCAAAACAUCAUUUGCUACCGCAGUGGCGGCUUACACGGGUCGUCACGUGAUUUCUGUGGAUGUAUCUAUGAUUUCCACAAAUAAACAACUAUAUGAUAUAUUCCUUAGUCGUAGUCUUCAUUGCAUCGGUGAAGUUCGACCAUUUACAUUCGAGUUCGCUGACGUUAUAUUUCUUCUUGAUGACACGGAUCCGAUGGAGAAAUUAGUACAAUCUCGCGAUUCAAAUGAAAAUAAUGUGAAAGAAGAUAUAUUCGACACCAAAGCGUUAUCACUUAUUAGCAAGUGUAAAAUAAUGUCAACUGACAAGGUAAGUCUUUCAGCUUUUCUCAACGUUCUUGAUGGUGUGGUUGAAACUCCCUCCCGCAUUAUGAUUAUGGCUACGCGUAAUCCUAAAGGUUUUGAUCCUGCUUUACUAAGGCCUGGUCGCUUUGGAUACAAAGUUCAUAUGGAACAAAUGCAUUUGCCAGAAUUGAUAGAGUUAUUGGGACUUUAUUUCGGUACAGAAGAAACAAUCAAGAAGGCACGUUACACCAACGUAGUAAAGGAAUAUUAUGGAUAUGAUGAAGCAAGUAAACCAUUACGGCGAUUAUCACGUAAAGAUAAGGCGCGCGUGGAACAGUGUGUUUCGUCACUAGAACCUACAGGUUUUGUUAUAAGCGGUGCAAUAGCUCAGUCUAUAUGUUUUUCUUCUACUUCUCUUGAUUCCUUUUUGGAUAAUUUGCAGCACCAUCUCAGAAACAAAUAA